AUGUCCGCGUCCCUCGCCGCGCGCUCUGCAAACUUCCUCGCCGCUCGCAGCGUCCGCACCGUCGUGCGCAAGCAGGCCGUCGCCAAGACCGCCGUUUACUCCACCCGACGUACCCUCACCGUCUCCACGCGUGCGAUGGGCGCGAAGAUUCCCGAGGGUGACCACUUCACCAUGGCCGAUCAGCCCGCCAGGUUCGCCAAGGGCAAGGCCGAUAACAACUCCCGCAUGCUCACCACCGACUACUACGACGGUACCUUUCUCAAGGGCCAGCGCGUCCUCGUCACGGGCGGCAACCGCGGCAUCGGCCUCGCGCUCGUCGAGGAGCUCGUCGACUGCGGCGCGGACGUCGUCGUCAUGGGUCGCGGAUCCUCCGACGAGCUCGACGCGCUCGAGGGCGUCCAGGUCAUCACCGGCUGCGACGUCACCGACACCAAGUCCGUCGAGGCCGCCGUCGCCAAGGUCACGGAGCCCGUGGACAUCCUCAUCAACAACGCCGGAUACUUCUACGAACCCCUCGAGACCAUCACGAGCAUGAACUUCGACGAGGAGCUCAAGAUGAUUGACAUCUGUGCCGUCGGCCCGCUGCGCGUGUCCUCGUUGAUGUUCAACGCCGGUAAGAUCAAGGCGCCCGGCGGAAAGAUCGCCAUGAUCACCUCACAGGGCGGAAGCGUCGCGUGGCGCGUCGUGCAGAAUCCCACGGGUCACGACUACGGCCAUCACAUGUCCAAAUCCGCCGCGAACAUGGGCGGCGUCCUGCUGGCGCAGGAGCUGGCGCCAAAGGGCGUCUGCGUCCAGAUGCUUCAUCCGGGGUUCAACAAGACUGGGAUGACGAAGAAGUACGAGAAGAUCUGGGAGGUGGAAGGCGCGGUGGACGCGAGCAUGGGCGCCAAGAGGGUGCUGCACGAGGUGAAGCUCAUGUCGCCGGAAUACAACGGCCUGUUCAUCAACUGCGAAGACGGUCUGCAGAUCCCUUGGUGA